AAAGAAACAAAUUAUUAGGACUAGGACUGCUGUAAAACUGGUAAGUUAAAAGACUUGUGAAUUUGAUUUAACUUAGAAGAUGGUUAGGUACGGUAAUAAUUUAGUUGCAAUAAAUUAAACGCCAGUUACGGGUGAACAUAAUAAAGCGAUUUAAAUUAAAAAUGUCUUAUUUAAAAUUGUACAUAACAUUAACAACAAUUAACUACAUUACAAUUAAAGACAAUUACUAAUUACAUUAUUAAUUCAUUAUUUCAAUUUUCCAACAAUUAAAACUUAAAUUUAAAUAAAACAACACUUCAACUCAACUGCAAGUUUUAUAGAAAAAGUGAAAGUAUUUAAUGUUUUCCAGUGUGUUUGUUAUGGUAAGUUAUACACUUUCGUUGGAUUUCAAACGGAUUUUUCAGAUAUUUAAAAAUAAAAAAAAUAUAUAGUAUAUAGAUCUAAGUCGAUCAUCAACAUUUUAAAAAAUUUAUUUAGUUUCUUGUAAAUUCUAACGACAGUGCGAUGAGUGUGCGGCCUGGUCAUAUUUUUUUUAAAGUGACUUGGUCCUGGUUUGGUGGAAGUUGAGCCCAAAGAAUAAUUGCAGCUUUCUGGGGCUUAAUUUGUUAUUGUGGCUAUAUGCACGCACAAUCCAACUGACACUUCCAACAUGCCAUUUUAAUAAAAAAACAUACUUUUGUUACAUAAAUGUGUGUACCUGGAAGUAGCAAUUAAUUUUUUUAAAUUUAAAGGAUAAUAUAUGAGGGAUUGUGUUCAAUGCUGUGUGAAGGAAAUAGUUUGGGUUUUUUCAAAUAUGAUUUAAAAUGAUAUACCCCCACUUUUUCUUCUAUUCUCUCAUACUCAUGAAUUUCUUUGUUGCUUUUUUAUUGUUGCUCUUUCGCCAAUGACCGAUGGUUGUUAUAUAAUGACACUGAUACUAGACAUUACCCUUGCACCCCUCUCCCUUACCCUUAGUGUAUAAAGAAUAAACGGAGAGACUCUUGAAGCCUUGGGGGAAGUCACGCGAACAAAUUUAUGCAGAAUUAACUGGUGAAUCACAUUAUCAGACCAAGAAGAACCAGGAUCUUGGCAUUAAAUUAACAGAUCUAAGAAUGACAUCAUCAGAGUUUCAGUGUUGUGCCAUAAUCAGCUGAUCAGAGAAACAGCAUGACACAGCAGGCCUAGGUAAGAGACAUAAUACGAUUCCACCAACAUCAAAGAGCAACCAUUGCCCAAGUUACCAAUGGUCCAAAGAAAUCGUACGCGCACAUGAUCUUGAUGUAACACCUUCGUUAAAGUUUGGCUAGAUGUGAAGAAGAAGGGAUUUAUAGCGUGCUUGGAGCUCAGGAGUAAGGUAUUUUUGCUCAGAGUGGGAGGUGUUUAAAUUUAUUACUGGUCCAACCUCAAAAAAAUAUAAAUUAAUCAAUAAGAAAUUUAAAAAGUGCAAUUUGUACUUAGUAAUUUUAAUUAAUUAAAAAAAAAAUUGAUGCUCAAUUCCUCUAGCAGCAAUGUUUUUCACAUUCUUCUAUCAGCUGUUUUGUCCUACUCAUCCACCAGCUGUGUUGUCUUACUACUUGUCUACCAGCUAUGUUGUCCUUCUUAUCUACCAGCUAUACAUGCAUUUCUAAUUCAUUGUUAAUAAGAUAGGUAACUGAUAAUAAUAAACACAUUUCUUUAAACACUCAGCACCCUCUUCAACCAAAGAUCCUUUUUUAAUUUCGCUGAGCUCAGAGUGGAGCUGGAGAUGACAAAUAUUUAUCCAGAUUAGAGCUGGAGUGGAGCUCGGACAAAAAAAUCUUGCUCCAAAUCCCUUUCAAGAAGAAUGAUUUUUGUCGGGGGUGGGGGAAAGCACUCAUAGACUAUGUCACAAUUUCUGUGUUGGGGGGGGGGGGGGGUUUCCAUGAAAUUGUGCUAUUGUGUAUAACUAAAUAGAGUAACAAAAAAUAAAUACCUAGUCUACAAAAUUCAUCUUAAUAUUAUGGACAAAGUUUUGCUGUUCAAUACGGCCAUUUGAGGAUUAUUUCCUGGUCCAUGUAUAAAAAGUUUUUGAAAACCACUCUCGCCUAUUCUUUCAAAAUCAAAAAUGGUAUUUUAAACAUGUGAAUUAACUUCGAAAAUCUUGUUUGCAUUUGCUUGUACACAAAGGAUAAUUAAUUGGUUUUUAAAAAAAAGGCAGGUGCCGCUUGUACUGGUGACGCCGCCAAAAGACUAAUUCGGCCAUCUGUGGAUUUAUUAGUGCAACCCUACUUUCAGCCUGCAUUUUAAGACGAUCCCAUUUUUUUUCACCUCUGUUUAAUUAUUUUAUUAAAAGGAUUCCCUCAUUACCCACAAUGCAUUCAUUUCUUUUCACAGUGUUAUGAAGCUCAUCAUCUCAGCAAGGUAUCUCUACUCAACAAAGUCUUUAUUAGUUUUGUCAAGAGAUUAGAAAAGGAUUUGUCAAGUAAUUCAUUUAGUGAGCACUCGGCUCAACUUAAUGAAUAAUAUUUUACCAAAAUGGAUCCUGAAUUAAGCAUGCAAAGUGCAUUUCGUACAAUGCUGAUUGAACUGUCAUCAAAGAUAAGCCCUGAAGAAUUAAAAGGCUUGAUAUUCCUCAGCAAAUCUUAUAAUAUCCCAACGAGGAUCAGGGAUAAUAUGAAAAGUGCUGUUGAUCUUUUUGAAGCUCUUGAGGAACGCAACAAACUCUCUGUAAAUGACCUUGAUACUCUAAUACAAAUGUUGAAGACAUCCUGCAAUAACAGGACUGAUGUUGUUAACAUUGUUGAGAAUUUUAAAAGAAAUUUUGGGUUGGCAAACAAUCCAAUCAUCUGCCAGCCAACAGACUUUGGUGGAAACCAGGCCCCAAUACAAGAAUCAGGUAUGUUGUUUAUUGGCUUUAAAUGUGUCAAUGUUGUCUAUGUCUUUUGUGCUCCUUUUUUUUGGGACAAGUGAAUUAUAAAUGCAAGCUUCAUGCAGGUUAAAGGUAGAUGAGCUUACCUAGGACUACUCUGUGUGUUGCACGAGACUCUGUGUGUUGCAGGAGUUUUGAGUAGCCCAUAUUUUUAGAGAUUCACUCUGGGUAAUUUUAUUUAGGUUCCACUUCACCCCUGGGCAUUUCUGAGAAAGCAGUUGAGGGAACAGGGCAAGGGAGCAUGGCAAAGUAUAGAAGCAAGAGAGGGUAAUGGGGAGAGCGCAGGGUUUAGAGAAACCAGUAGGUGGAUGAGUUUGAAGUGAGCAUGCAUUAGGUGCAAGUGGGUUUGAUUUGACAUUUCAUGCUUAUUUCACAAUUGAUCCAAUUAUAUUGUCAUUUCUCAAGGAGAUUGUAAUAUUGACCGUUAUGCCAGUCCACAGGACCAAAUCAUUUGAAUCCACAAGAACAUGAGAAGCUUAAGUUAACAAAUAUUCAACCCUCCAUUUCAAUUUUUAAGCAGACUAUCCCAGGUUGUAAAAUAUUGAUUCCCCUCUUUGAAAUAUGGGCAGAUUUCACAUUUCUCGUGUUUGCCCAGUCGGUGUGGAUUUUUUCAAUUGUUUAUCUAAUCUGUUCAAUUCUACACCUGUAAGUGUUAAAGAACUCAAGUCCUUGUUCAAGUUAUCCUUGUUUAAGUUAUUUUUGUUUAAAUUCUCAUGUGGCAUUUAUCUCAGUAAUAAAUCCUUGUUCUUGUAUUUUGGGUCAUCCACUAACUCAAUCAUUUAUUGUUCAAUGAAUUCAUUUAUUCAGUUAAUGAAUAGCUAUUAACUUUUAGAUUUCCUUCUGGGAACUCUUAUAUCAUUAGAAUGAGAACCUUGUUACCAACAGUGGUACAUUCUUGGGAUAUUUACUAGAGGUUGUGUGACUUAGAACAAGUGUUACAAUGACCUAAUUGACUUAACAUUGUGUGCUUCUUAUACAACCAUUUGUUAUACCGGUACAUAGACUGCUUGGCUUUCUUAUAUGAAACAUUGGGAAAUGGCGUCAGUGGGUUGUCAAGCUCUUAAUCCCCCCCCCCCCAAACGCCUCCACACAGGUCAGACGCCGGGUCUCCCCACUGCCAGACCGUGCUGCGGCGCGCCGGGAACCUCCCCCCUGGCCUGAGGGACAUUUGGUCGACCAAAAAUGCUGCGUUUAAAGCGUUCGCGGUCCACUCUCCCGUGAGUCUGGUCAGGUUUGCUUACACUCCGGAGGAAGGUGUUGCGUUACCACCCCCAACUGCCCAGGAGUCUUUCGGUUGGGUUAAAAGAUGGGACAAUGUGAAAUUUAAAAAGUAUAAUUUGUAAUUUCAAUGAAUUUUUUAAAAUCCCACCUUCUUCACAUCUAGCCAAACUUUAACGAAGGUGUAACAUCAAGAUCAUGUGCGCGCUUUCUUAUAAAUAAUUAGGCUGUGAUAAAGUUCAUGUUUAUUUUGUAUACUUCACUCUUUAGUUCUCAGUAUUGUACACAUCAAUCUUUUGGUACUUAAACCCUAAGAAUUUACACAAUAUGCAUAUUCCUACCCCUAAAAGAGAGCAUAAGCGAGAGAAGAGAUACUAAUUUAGGGUGAUGUGGGAGAAAUUAAAAGAUUAGGGCAAUGUGGAGUUGGGAAAUAGACAGAACGUUCAGGGAGCGUUUUUUUAUGCUGACUUUUUAUUUCAAACAUAUUUUAUCAUUUUUGCAGGUUUUUUAGCUGAAUUUACAUAUCUGAAGAGCAAACUUGGUAGAGAAGCGUUACAUUUUUUGCGGAGAUUGGGCGUAGAUGAUGAUUAUCUUGAUCAGCUCCAGGUAAAUCAUCCAAGGGAUACAAAAGAGGUUAUACACAGAGCUCUGAGACACUGGGAGACAUCUAACCAUCUUCAACCAUCAAAGGAAAAACUUAUUAAGGCACUCAAAGCUGAACAUCGAAAUGACCUAGCACAAAAAAUAGCAAGCAGCGACUUUUCGGAAGAAAAUAUAAUUACUUAGCAGUUAGCACUAUGUAUUUAGUAUAAGCUGGAUUGGGUUGAUAUUCAGUAAUAAUAUUUGUUUUAUUUAAAAAAUAUCAAGCUGAGACUUUCAUACAUUUGUCCCUCAAAGUUGAAACCCUGUUGACAUGCAUCCUAAACUGGCCAGGAUAUCAUAUUUAAUUUUUGUUUGAACUAUUUUCUAUUAGUAGUCUAUUAUUAGUAAAAUUAAAAUGCCAUAUUAGCCUUGUUUUAAACUCUGUAUGGUACAGAGUGUCUCUGUGUAUUCUUACUCUGUUAAUAAGAUGAGAUUGAUUCUUUCAACAGUUUAGACAUUUAAGCAAUGAGAAUGACCUUUCACAGCCGUCACCGCUGUCAACAAAUCUUUUAUGAAUUCUAGUACAAGAAAUAGUCUAGGAAAUCUUAGAUUGCAAGAGCUUUUGGUCUGGCUACAAUAUAACACAUAUAUUUAAAAAGUACUUCACCACAUCAUACCUUAAUGGCCUGACACAUUAGAACUAUGUUAUUUGGAUAAUUUAACUGAUACAUUAUUUAAAAAUAUCCCACAAUACCCCAGCUUAUAUGAAAUGAAGAAAUCAUGUCUUAUAGUGUCAGAUGGUUUUAAAAAAUCUUGAGGGGCAUCUGCAUUUAAUGCUAGCACUCAGUAGGAGAGAUGGAGGGCUUAUCACUGUUUGCCUUGUUAGUAAGCCAUAAUACAAAUUUUGCCCUCGUCUAAUUUUUCUGUGUUUUUCUUAAUUUGAAUGAAAAUAUACAUUGAUUAUAGUUUGAUAUAGAUUUUAAAAAAAAUUCUUUUGUUACUUAUGAUGUAUUAUAAAAUAUAAUAAAUGAAGGACUGCGUUCAAGGAAAUAGUAUAACAAGGUAUGUGGAAACUUGAAUCAAAAGACAGGACAGUAAGAUAAGAACAUUUCGGGUAAGAGCCUUCCUCGACAGACAGGACAGAUGCAAAUACAAGAAAUAGAAAUAAUGAAGAUUUUUGUUUAGAAAUGUUUUGUUCACUCACAAAAUUGGAAUUUAGCACAUUGUUUUACUGGGCUUAAAUAAUGAAGCAAUAUUGGCCAUAUGAAACAAGGCAGAUAAUAUACAGUUCAUUAUUGUGGGAUUUUUUAAUAUAAAAAAUGCCACAACUAGACACAAAGUAUGGGUGAACCAUUAUACAUUAAAAUCUGGUAGCUCAUCCCAUUACAGCUAUUAUAUUCUGAGAGAAAAAAUAUCCAUGGUAAAAAAAAAUAUCCAUGAACUUUUUUUCAUUCUCUAUCAAAAUUAAACUAUUUGGAGGUUUAACUGCACUACUUGAAUUUUACUGUGUCUUUGAAAUGUGUCUUUAUCAGACUAAUAUAGUGGGGAAAGUCAUUAAAUAAUUUGUGGUUUAAGUUAACUUAAGUCUUAAAUUUGCGUUAUGUUUAGAGAGAUCAUUAUCAUUGAUAUAAAAGUAAAAGCAUAAGAUAUAAAAUGCAGGUAUUUUGUUUGAUGAAGAUGCUCUAUUGCAUAUUUUUUAAAGGUACAUUGUGUGUGAUUUUGAUGCUGUGUCACAAAUGUGCUACGGUGCUGUAAGAUUCUGGCUUAGGGCAUGGUAUGAAAUAAAUUAUUUAUUUGCAUGUUCUUGUUUUAUUUCGUCCUUUUCCAUUCCUUGUCAUUCCCAUUUUUCAUGUUUUGUCAAGUCUUUCCAAGUCAUCAUUGUAUUUGAACAAGUUCUAUUUAUAAAGAAUUCAUUUUGAAAGACUUUUUUUCUACUCACAAAUCC